AGAUCAACUGAUGAAUUGAAUAGUUGUAGUCACAGUGAUGUGAGAGAUAUUAUUGAUCCAUCAGAGUUUGCUACGUUUAACGCAUGUUUGCUUCACGCAAGCAGCUAAAAAAGAUGGUUGCUGCUGCUGCCUUCGUCGCGUGGCUUUAAAGAUUUUUCUCUUUCACAAGUACUAUUACCUAUAUUAUUCCUAUAAUUAUUUAGAAGAUUUUCAUUUUUUUUUUCUUUUUAAAUUUUUUUUAACAAACCCCAAAACUUCAACUACUCCUACCUAGCUAGCUACUAGAAAUUAAAUCUUUCCAUAUUUCUAUACCAUCUUGCCUCCCCUCCUCUCUCUUUGUCUCUCUCUCUCUCUAAAUCAACAGUACUAGACAGGAUUCAAUCUGCAAACCAAUUUGCUUCAUGGGUUAUCUCUUCACCAGUUCCAAAGAGCCACAGAGUCAAUAUAAAGUAUAAACAAAUCUCGAUCUCUUUAAUAGUAGUUGAAAUUGAACUAAACUGCCUCUUAUUAAUUUCUAGCUCCGGUGUAGUAUCUACAAAGAACGUUUGCCUCUUGGGUUUCUCUCUCUUGCUCUAGCUAUAGCUAUACUAGUAUUAGGGUUUGCAAAAAUGAGUGCAAAUGCAUGCAGUAGUAGUGGUGGUGGUGGAGGAGGUAGUAGUGGUUGUGGCAGUGGUGGAAAUAGUAGUGGUGGUGGACCAUGUGGUGCAUGCAAGUUUUUAAGAAGAAAAUGUGUAAAUGGAUGUAUAUUUGCACCUUACUUUGAUUCAGAACAAGGUGCAGCACAUUUUGCAGCUGUUCAUAAAGUCUUUGGUGCUAGUAAUGUUUCCAAACUACUAUUACAUAUACCAGUUCAUCGUCGUCUUGAUGCCGUUGUUACUAUUUGUUAUGAAGCUCAAGCUCGUCUUCGUGAUCCUGUUUAUGGUUGUGUUUCUCAUAUCUUUGCUCUGCAACAACAGGUGGUGAAUUUACAAGCAGAGUUAACUUACUUGCAAGCUCACCUUGCAACAUUAGAGCUUCCAUCGCCGCCACCAUCACUUCUCUCGCCGCCACCGCUUUCCAUAUCCGACUUGCCAUCAGCAGCUACUAUGCCAGCGACUUUCGACUUGUCAGCUCUUUUUGACCCUCUAGUGCAACCACCAUGGACAAUGCAACAGCAGCAGCAACAACAAUCAAGACAUAGUACAGAUAUUGUUCAACAGUUUGGAGGUGGUAUUAAUAGGAACCCGAACGAUAUUUCGUUAGCUGGAGGGAAUGGUGAUCUUCAAACGUUGGCGCGUGAACUCCUCCAUAGAAACGGUUCAUUAGGGGUCUCAGCACCUUUGGCCGGUCCUUCAGCACCACCACCUAAAUGAACAUACUGGAACGCGAAUGAAUAGUACUGUUCUUUGGUAUACCAACUAACCCUAAUGAGAUUAUUGUUACAUGAAGUCUGAUUACGUGGUUUUUUCCUUUAGGGUUGUUCUUUCAUCCAUGGCAUGGUUAAGUAUGAAUUUCACACAUGGAGUCAUGUCGUUCCGAGCUUGGUUCAACGGAUUGCUCGAGUUUCAUAACCAGUGUAAAAUGUUUCGGGUCACAUUGGGUUGAUUCUCUGAAUUCGUUCAUUUUUACUAAUAUCAGCUGAUAUUUUCAACUCUCUUGCAAGCUUUACCUUUCAGAUGUACUGAUUUUUUUUAUUUAGAAUAACUGAAUACCUUUCAGUCUGUUCGUUUUCAGAUUCCGAACUGUUUCUGAAAUAUAUUCAAAAAGGUUACCCAUUUUCAUCUAA